AUGGUCCUGAAUUUGUUGAACCUCUAUUCACUGAUAUUCGCGUUGUUCGAGAAGAUCAAUUCAAUGAAGGAAGAUUUUAUGGAGCUUCAACCAACGACGAUAAAUUGCACUUACAAGUCUAUCGAAUGCAACGACGAUAUGAAGAAAUCGCAAAAGUUCGUAACUUUGGCGUCUCUGAGUCUGAUUCUGGCGAGUAAUGUCACUGGAGUGCAGCAUAAAAGUGAAACUCCUGAAACAACAUUGUCCACGUUAUCGCUGAUGCCUGAAAACUUAUUCUUGAAUCCGAUACUCGAUGAAAAAUCGUUGGAAGAGAUAUACAAUGUCGGCGACUAUUCUCUGGAUUACACGUAUAACAAUUACGACGAAAUGAAUACAAAUGAAUUCAACGAAACAUUGUUCUUUCCUGUCGAAAAUACAACUGAAGAAAUUCAUUCUACAACGGAAGUGCUUGAAAGAAACGACACAUUUGACACGAGUACUAUUUUUACCAUUGAUGAGAAUUUCACUGAAACUAUUUUUUCUGAUUUAAAUGAAGAAAUGAACGGUACCUCUGUGACGAGCGUUUUCUUCAACGAUUCCACGGUUUACGAUGAGACAACAGAGGAGACAAAUAACGACACAAGUACAGACACCACUGAGAACACCAUAAAUGAAGAAUUCAACGCAACUUCUUUCAUCGUAAACACCACAUCUACAGACAUGAGCACGUUGGAUGAAUAUUCGAUGAUUACAACGUUAAAUACAAGCACCGAAUCGACAAUAAUCACUACUAUAUUCACGGAAGAAUCUAGCAUAGAAAUUACCGACAAGAUGUCCACCAUUGAUAGUUCUUCUUCGACGCCGUUACACGAAAGCGUGAUUCCUCUGGCUGACAAAGAUUAUACGGUGAAGUGUUUCGAGAAGAUUUGCACGACAAUUACUCAAGAUACAAGUACAGCUUCUUCGUUGAAAUUGUUAGACUUAAAAACUCGGAAAAAGCUUCGUAGUUUGUGCUGGGAGACGAUGUUUGGCCAGGAACUUGCUAAACUCACCGUCAUGGAUUUGGUACUCAUCACACUGUUCACGCUCGGUUUAGACUUCUUCCGCGCGCUUUUCGUGCGUUUUAUGAACAGCUGUUGGUGUUGGGAUCUCGAGAAGCAAUUCCCUCAAUACGGUGACUUCAAAAUAGCCGAGAAUAUUCUUCAUUUGGUGAACAAUCAGGGAAUGAUUUGGAUGGGUAUGUUCUUCAGUCCUGGAUUGACAGCGUUGAAUCUACUGAAACUUGGUAUCCUGAUGUAUUUAAGAUCCUGGGCUGUUCUUACUUGCAACGUGCCUCAUGAAGUCAUUUUUCGAGCGUCUAGGUCCAACAAUUUUUACUUCGCUUUGUUGUUGACAAUGUUACUUCUGUGUGUUCUACCUGUUGGCUAUGCCAUAGUCUGGGUAGAACCAUCUUGGCACUGUGGUCCAUUCUCAGGUUACAAGAAAAUUUAUCAUCUGGCGACGGAGCAACUCACGCAUUCUCUUCCUGAGCCAAUUCAAAGGUGUCUUGAUUACAUUGCUUCACCAGGUAUAGUGAUCCCACUAAUUGUCCUGAUGAUUCUCAUCAUUUAUUACAUGGUUUCGCUUACUGGCUCUUUGAGAGAGGCUAAUAACGAUUUAAAGAUACAAUUAAGACACGAGCGCACAGAGGAACGGCGCAAACUAUUCAAGAUAGUCAAGAGAAGAGAAGAAUUGACCGACUCGUCUUUUGUAAAGUGGAAAAAAAUGCUACCAGCUCUCUCCAAAAGAUCAGCAAAAAGUAAAGCCUCGAAAAAUGAGACGGAAUUCGUGGAAAAUCCAGUUGAAAUGCACGAGGGCGGGAGAAAACGUUCAGUAUCAGAAGUGGUGGAAUUGACGGAUGUGGAACAGGAUAUAAUACCGCAUGAUCAGUCGCAACAAACGAUUUCUGAAAGUAGUUACAACGAAAGAAGGCCAAUUAGAACCAGUGUUGCAAGUAGAUUGACAAAGGUUUUCCAUGACUCCUGGGAAUCACAAUCCAGCGACUGCGCCAUAAUACCAGAGAUUCGCAUAAACGAGGCCGAGGGAAAAUCACAGUGCCAUCCUGAUUCAGCUUCUACAAUAGACCAUAAUGUAGAUGAAAAUAAAUAA